UGAAUUGGACCUGCAGCCGAAACUCACUUAGUUCCCUCGUUCCUGCUUGGCAUAUUUUUGAGCGAAACUUGUAGUAGUGUGAGUUUCACGAGCUGCUCUCUCGGAGUUUUGGGUUGUUUGUUUGGUGUGUUUUUUUUUUAGUACUUUUUUAUUCUCUCACCAAACAAUUUGGAGCUUUUCUUAAACUUUUCUGCGAGUCCGAGGAUGCAGAACUUCGCUUGGACCCCUUGCUGGUUGUUAUUGGGUUUGUGGACAAGUAAUGCACAAGAAUGCGGUCAGCCGCCUCUCCAGAGUCGAAUAGUUGGAGGAUUUGAUGCAGCUGCAGGUCACUGGCCCUGGCAGGUCGAUAUACAGAACGCUGAAGGACAUAUAUGUGGAGGAACAAUCAUUGCUCAGACCUGGGUUAUGUCUGCAGCUCACUGUUUCCCAAAUCCUCAGGACAUUUCCCAACAUACGAUCUACGCAGGCCGUCUAAAGCUGAACGGUUGGAACCCAACCGAGUCGGUUCAUCGGAUUAAUCGCGUGGUGGUGCCGUAUGGCUACACGGAUCCGCAGCUGGGCCAGGACAUCGCUUUAGUGGAGUUGGCUACUCCAGUCACGUGGUCUGAUCACGUCCAACCCGUGUGCCUCCCAAACGCAGACGUUACGUUUGCUGCAGGAACGCAGUGCACUAUCACAGGCUGGGGAGACAUCAGAGAUGGAAUCUCUUUGCAGGGGGCGGGAAAUCUACAGCAAGUGCAGGUGCCAAUUAUCGAUCAAACCGCCUGCCAAGAGAUGUUCCAGAUCCAAGCCACAGAGCAGGUUAACAUUCGCUACGACAUGCUCUGUGCUGGCUUUCAACAAGGCGGGAAAGAUUCCUGCCAGGGGGAUUCUGGAGGACCGCUGGUGUGCCAAACAUCUAGUGGCUACUGGAUACAGGCUGGUAUUGUAAGCUUUGGCCUGGGUUGUGCCCAGCCUAACCGGCCCGGUGUCUACGCUCGAGUGUCGGCAUUUUCCAACUUUAUUCAGAGCAACAUUCAGGGAAUACAGCUGCGUGCCGCUGCAGAUCACAACUGGACCGGUUGGCUCGUCAUCCUCACUAGGACUGUAAUAGCGCUAACAUUGGCCCUGCUACUGAGAUAAUGCCACCUAUAGCUAAUACCAUCGGAAGGAUAAAUUCACAAACCUCAGAUGACUUACAAAGAGGCAAUGCAGACCAUGAUUACUGUUUAUAUACUGUAUAUGGAAUGUGAUGUUCUACUUGCCUUUGCCUACUCAGUGGGAUUGUGCAUAAACAGAAGUGAUAUGUGCUUUCAACUUCUAAGCAUUUUAUAAAACCUGCUCCUAAGUAUUUUAUGAAAUAUCUGUAAAUUGCAAGAUUUGACAAUAAAUUGAGGAAAAUAGAUAGGUUCCUGUGCUAUAAUGUGAUCCAGUAUUUAUUGAUUUUUUCUUUUUAAACUUAGCUUGCCUUUUUUUAAACUUUGUUUACUUUGAUUGUUUAAAAUAAAGAAUCAUGUAUAGUGUGUCUGCA